GUAAAGUCUUCUCCGCCUCGACCUUUUCCACCGCUACCACUACCUUGUUCCAAGUUCUCUCUUGUUGUGUGCGAUUCCCCGAAGAGCGCCAGGAACUCGCAGCAACAAUUUCCCACCUCUGCACCAAAGUCCAUUCACAGGAAACCCAAGGGACAUCGCAAAAAUGCUUAUCCCCAAGGCUGACCGCAAGAAGAUCCACGAGUAUCUCUUCCGUGAAGGUGUGCUCGUGGCCAAGAAGGACUACAACCUCCCCAAGCACGGCGACAUCGAUACCAAGAACCUCUUCGUCAUCAAGGCUUGCCAAUCCCUCACCUCCCGUGGCUAUCUCAAGACGCAGUUCUCUUGGCAAUACUACUACUACACCUUGACCCCCGAGGGUCUGGACUACCUGCGCGAAUGGCUUCACUUGCCUGCUGAGAUCGUCCCUGCGACGCACAUCAAGCAGCAGCGCAGCCAUGCUCCUCCUCGUGGCAUGAUGGGUGGCGACGACCGUGAGCGCCGUGGCGGCGGCCGUGGAGGACCACGUGGUGAUCGUGAGGGUGGAUAUCGUCGUCGUGAGGACCGUGGUGAGGGCAAAGAGGGUGGUGCUCCCGGCGAGUUUGCGCCUACAUUCCGUGGUGGCUUCGGCCGUGGUCGUGGUGCCCCUCCGGCCUCCUAGACGGUUGGACGAUCCACUUCGUCAGGAGCUCGUCCGUGUGCACACGCACAUUCCUGCGUGACGACGACCUCUUUUCUGAGAAGCACAUCGGUGAUGGCCUUGCACACGAGGCGGCAGAGAGUUGAGCAUGUCUUGGGAGGAGCAACGGAUCUGAUAUCUUUGCAGACUCCCAUGAAAUCACAUAGAGCAAUGACAAGUUGUCAUGCACCGGGGCCACAAUUCCCCCUUGGACAGUCACCGCGUCGCUGUUGCGGCAUUAUUUCCUUUGUCAUCCCUUGAUGUUGUCCCGC